CUGAGUGUGCAGUGCUUACUGGGAUGGCGCAAUUUUCGAAAGACGCGGUAUAGUAUCGUUCGCCCGCGAUACGCUUCAGUCGCGUUUGUGGCUGCAUGCGAUUUGACGUAUUCUGCGCGUUGUGAUGUCACUUGACAGCUUGUUUUAUGAAAUGUCAAACGUUUUACAUGUUAGGCGCGAGUGAAUAAUAAACAAAUUGACUGUGUUACUAAUUGAUAUUUACACGGUGUGAUAGUUUUCUGUGUGCUAUGGACUGUUAUUAUUCAAAAUUUUAUCCAAGACGUAAGUGACAAAUGGAAUUACUCCGGUGAUCAGUACGGUCACGAUGCAUCCGGCCGGGUACUACGCUAAUCUCGCGAGCGGCGCGCUCGCAGCCGGCACCAUUGCGUCUCCGUGGAGCACGCCGGCCGGCGCGCCCGACACCAAUGGAUCGGGCGGCGCUGACGCCAAGCAUCUCGAUGUCGGAGACGCUAGUGACGAUGAGAAGGACAUGUCGGCGGCGGACGCGGAGGGCGUCUGGAGUCCCGACAUCGAACAGAGCUUCCAAGAGGCGCUGGCGAUAUACCCGCCCUGUGGACGACGCAAAAUUAUUCUCUCCGACGAGGGCAAGAUGUACGGAAGGAACGAGUUAAUAGCGAGGUAUAUUAAACUAAGGACAGGCAAAACGCGUACGAGAAAACAAGUCUCGUCACACAUACAGGUGCUAGCUAGGCGAAAACUACGAGAAAUUCAAGCCAAACUUAAAGUGGACGGCGGAGUGAUGAAGGAAAAAGCCAUGCAGUCAAUGAGCACGCUAUCUAGCGCUCAGAUCGUUGCGGGCCUACCGCACCCAGCGUACCACCAUACGCAAUUUUGGCAGCCAGGCCUACAAGCCGGCACAUCACAGGAUGUGAAGCCUUUCCCCGGUGCGGGCUACAAAGGCGUCCCCGGUGUCGGAGGCGUCGGAGUACCGAGCGGCACCGACGUGGCGCCGCCGCCGCCCUGGGAGGGACGCGCCAUCGCCACACACAAACUGAGACUCGUAGAGUUCUCCGCCUUCGUCGAACAUCCCCGGGAUCCUGAUACGUACCCACCGAGCACGGCGCCGGCGCAACAUCUCUUCGUUCACAUAGGCGGUACCGUCACAUACGCGGAUCCUUUAUUAGAGUCAGUAGACGUUCAGCAGAUAAACGACAAAUUCCCCGAGAAGAAGGGCGGUCUGAAGGAACUAUACGAGAAAGGUCCGAGGAACGCCUUCUUCCUGGUCAAGUUCUGGGCGGAUCUCAACACGAACAACCUCGACGACCCCGGCGCUUUCUACGGCGUCACUAGCGUAUACGAAAGUAAUGAGAACAUGACGAUAACGUGUAGCACGAAAGUGUGUUCGUUCGGGAAGCAGGUGGUCGAAAAGGUGGAAACUGAAUACGCCCGGUUCGAGGGCGGUCGCUUCGUGUACCGCAUCCACAGGUCGCCGAUGUGCGAGUACAUGGUCAACUUCAUACACAAACUGAAACAUCUGCCCGAGAAGUACAUGAUGAACAGCGUACUAGAAAACUUCACUAUACUACAGGUAGUUUCAAACCGAGACACGCAAGAGACAUUACUGUGCGCCGCGUUCGUUUUCGAAGUGUCGAACAGUGAGCACGGGGCGCAGCAUCACAUCUACAGGCUCGUCAAAGAUUGAACCGCCCAGGGGCCCGACGCUCCGCCUUGAGAUUCCAUUCCCGACAGUGCCGGAUCGAACACGAGUGUCAAACGUAAACGAAAUCGACUAAAACUUGGUAGUCGAUUCGAUGUGGUAACUCGUUAACAGCACAUUAUCAACUAAAUCAUCGACUAAACAGAUCUCGGUGCCAAAACAUAUGAAAUAUCGAUUUCACAUGCGGUAGUCGAUUUUAAAUAUCGAUAUCUUAGUAUUCCGUGUGCUACAAUUCGUUCGUUUUAUACAUCCCUAACUUUCAGUUUACAGUUUUUUUUUAAUUUAUUUAUCGAUUCAGAUAAAGUGUUAUUGUACGGUGCCUAUUAUUUUUAUUUGAAUCACAUCGAAAUACAAAUACGUUAGAGACAUUUGUGUUCGUGAUUUAAAAAAAAAAAGAUAGAAAUGACGUGGAAAUAACAUAGAACAAUAAGAUAUAAUUACGAAAAUUAUACGAAUUUGGACAAUCUAAUUGGAAACUAGAGAGACAUUAACAAUAAUUUUUAUUAAUUAAACGUAAGACUGAUCGGACGUAGUAAAACGAAUUGUUCAAAUGGAAGUUUAUUUUUAAAGAUAUUAAAAGACGUUUUAUCGUGUUACAGACUUAACAAAAACGUUCGGUCAGUGAGUGAAUGAUAUUGAAUGUUACCAACCACGUCUAAAUGUAAGUGAGCACAAAAAUCAAAAAGUUAGCGAGUAAUUGAAAACACAAAAACGUUUGGUUCGUAUUUUCAUAUUCGUAAAGUUUAUAAUUGCCAAUUUUAAUUAAUAACGCUAUAUUAAGUGCUCGCUCUACGAUCAACGGCAUUACAAAAUAUGAAAAGGAAACGAAAACAUAUAGAUUUGAGCCUAAAAUAGCAAAAUGUGAUCUGAGAAUAACGCUACAAGUAUUUUUGUAAUUAAAUGUUUAUUGUAUAGCUCAAUUUUUUAAUACUGUCUUUAGUCAUAGUUCACUGAACUGUUUCAUAAAGCCUCAAUUAUUAUAUUCUAAAUCAAUUUAUGGUUGAAAACUGUUUUAUUUUCGUAUACUGGCCACUAGAAGAAAUUAAAAAAUUUUUUUUUAAAAAAACCUUCAGAAUAAAACGUCGGCACAGAUAAAGCAAACUAUCCGAAAAUAAUAUUACAUAAUCUGAACUUGAACUUAUAAUUUAAUUCAGGCCGUCAAUAAAAUUGACUAAGUUAUUGGGCAAUAUAUACUAAAAUAUAUAUGUCACUGGUAUUCUAUGAAACAGAAUCGUGAACUAUACGUUGUUUUAAUACAUUUCUUAGUCUUUCUAAAUCAUGUUUUUAAUUGAUUUCGAGUACUUUUAUUUUGAAAAAAAAAAUCACGAGAGUAACAAUAAUUAAUAU